CCACCUUCCUACCAAGAUGGUGAGCCGCCUGCCUCGCUCAGCAGAGCUGACCCGCUUCUGCCAGAAGCUUAAUCGAGUGAAGACUCUGGAGGAUGACAUGAUGGAGACUGCCUUCAACCGAUGCCUGACCACUUUUGACUUGACACUGCUAGGCAUUGGGGGUAUGGUGGGCUCUGGCUUGUAUGUGCUCACUGGUACUGUUGCCAAGGAGACGGCAGGGCCUGCCAUCGUUAUCUCCUUUAUCAUUGCUGCCUUUGCCUCACUGCUCGCUGCUCUCUGCUAUGCAGAGUUUGGCGCUCAUGUACCCAAGACUGGCUCUGCAUACAUGUUCACAUACAUCUCUGUGGGUGAGAUUUGGGCCUUCCUGAUUGGCUGGAAUGUCAUUCUUGAGUACAUGAUAGGUGGGGCAGCUGUCGCCAGAGCAUGGAGCGGCUACCUGGACUCCAUCUUUGAUCACAGAAUCAAGAAUUUCACUGAGACCCAUGUUGGCACCUGGAGUGUCCCAUUCCUGGCACAUUACCCAGACUUCUUGGCAUCAGGCAUACUGCUCAUAGCAACAGCCUUCAUCUCCUUUGGGGCUCGAGUCUCAUCUUGGCUCAACCAUGUCUUCUCUGCUAUCAGUAUGGGAGUCAUCCUCUUCAUCCUUGUGAUGGGAUUCAUUCUGGCUAAGCCCCAAAACUGGGGGGCAGCGGAAGGGGGAUUUGCCCCCUUUGGCAUCUCAGGCAUCAUGGCGGGGACAGCUACAUGUUUUUAUGCCUUUGUGGGCUUUGAUGUUAUAGCUGCAUCCAGCGAGGAGGCCAGGAACCCUCAGAAAGCUGUUCCCAGAGCUAUUGCAAUCUCACUGGGCCUUGCCACAGGGGCCUACAUCUUGGUUUCCAUGGUGUUGACACUGAUGGUGCCUUGGCACUCCUUGGACCCUGACUCCGCCCUAGCUGAUGCCUUUUACAAAAGGGGUUACUCUUGGGCUGGCUUCAUUGUGGCUGCUGGAUCCAUUUGUGCAAUGAACACAGUUCUCCUCAGCAACCUCUUCUCUCUGCCACGGAUUGUCUAUGCCAUGGCAGAGGAUGGGCUCUUUUUCCAGGUGUUCUCACGUGUCCACCCACACACACAGGUUCCUGUGGUGGCCAUUGUGGUGUUUGGCACUCUCAUGUCUUUGCUGGCCCUCAUCUUUGACUUGGAAGCCCUAGUCCAGUUCCUGUCCAUUGGCACCCUCUUGGCCUACACCUUUGUAGCAGCCAGCGUCAUUGUUCUGCGCUUCCAGCGGGCCAAGUCCCAAGCACCAAACCCACCUUCAGAAAGUGAGAAUGCACCACCAACAUCUGCAGAGACCAUUGGUGCCAGUGAACCAAAAGAGUAUGAAUCUUUCUCUGACAAGCUGAACUUGGUAGGCAAGGAAAAGGCUAAAAGUCAGCGGGAACCAGGACAGCUUAAGGCCAUUUUUGAUCCUUACUUGGACUUCCUCAGUGAUUUCUACCCAGGAGAGGUGGUCACAGUGGCUGUUAUCAUCCUCAUGGUGUCUGCUAUCUGCUUGUGCUCCAUCCUGGUGUUUGGGAAGAACCAGCUUCACCUGCCCACCUGGAGCUACAGCUUGCUGAUCAUACUGUUCAGCCUGGCCUUUGUCGUCAGCUUGGUUCUCAUUGCGGUUCACGAGCAACAAAAGAAAAGCCAGACAUUCCAGCUCCCCCUGGUACCACUGACUCCAGCCCUCAGCAUCCUCCUUAACAUCUACCUCAUGCUGAAACUCAACUACAUGACUUGGCUGCGCUUCUCUGUCUGGCUGCUUGCAGGCUUGCUGGUCUACUUUGGGUAUGGCAUCUGGCACAGCAAAGAGAACCUGCGGGAGGCUCAGGGGCACGUCAUCAGUGCCCGCUAUGUGGUCUUCCCUAGCAGCAGCCUAGAAGAGACUGUCCAAACAGUUCAGCCUACCACGCAGCCAUCUCAGGGGUUGGAUGAAACAGCGGAAGAAGAAGAAGCAAAGAGAUGAUAGGGAAAGCCUAUGAAGAGGAGACUCUCCACCGUCCCUGCCUAGCCUCCAACCCACUGCUCUGUGGAGAAAAUGGCCCUCGUCCAUCCCAGCCAGGAAGUCUUUGAGAGCGGCCAGUUACUCUCAGUGCAGCAGAGAGUCAUGGUUUUAAGUUUCUUGCUUAUGCCCCCUUCCUCUUGCAAGAUGGCUGCCCAUUCUCUUCUGUUAUCCAGCUUGGAGUUGGGCUUCUAUCAGUUGUAGGUUUCUCCCCUUCUGUGGCCACAUAUCCGUGAUACCUGCUUGUUCAUGUUGCCUUUCUUUAGGAUCUUAGUCUUCCUGUAACAAGAAUUUGAUCAACAUUGGAGGAAAAUGGUCCAUUUAGGUUGUGCAGAUGUGGUCUGGAUUGUGGUUGCAGGCAGGCACCUAUUAUUUCAUACCAAGGCAGGCUGAAUAGGCUUCCUCCAGAAGAGAGCUGAGAUCAUGACUAGGCAAGAACCUUUUCUGAGCUAGGUGAUCCUUUUUCUGUCCUCCACAAAUACAGUCUGAAGUCAGCAAAAAUGGCAAAUUGUGGGGGAGGAGGGUACAAAAAAUGGGCAUUUUCAGACUCUUGAGUUUCUCUCCCUUACAGUCUUUGGGUAGUGUUUGGAUGCACUUUCAGUGAAUCUGAGCAUACAUUGAAGCCAUUGCGGCUUUUCCCAUCACAUUAAGGACAAUGGCUUCUCCAAAAG